UGGUUAUAUUGUGAUAAAAUUGUAGCUGUAUAAAGAAACUUUCAGACGCUCUUAAAUUUGGAAUUUUGUUAAUCUGCUUUUAUUUGUGAAAAUGGUGCAACAAUUCUUUUGCUUCCGUCUGGAGACGGCUGCUAUGAUAAUAGGAUGGUUGGGAGCAGUUGGUUCGGUGAUAUCUGUUGUGGUUUUUGGGUUUUGCUUGGGAUAUCUGGAUGAGAUUGUGCAGAAAAUUAUUGAAUCGGCCCCGGAAAAUACAAAGCUUGAUCCAGAUCAAAUUCGUACAAUUUUGACUGUCGCAUUUGUGAUUUUUUUGAUUCUAAAUGCCAUCAAUAUGUUUGCGUCGAUAUGUUUGAUAUUGGGAACGAUGAAGCAACGGCAUCUAUUGCUUUUACCAUGGCUUUUAAAUACCGGCAUUGCGCUUUUAUUUGCUGCAACGUACUACGUCCUUUUGGUAGUAGAAGCUGUACAGAUGUCAUAUUCAUCUAAUAUUGGUUUGAUAAUCUUUGCUUCAAUUAACUUGGCAUUGGACAUUUAUGUUUGGCUGGCUAUAUAUUCUCACUUUAAAAAUAUUCGAAACAAUCGCGAACAACAGGAACGUCUCAUUCCCCCUGCUGGAGGUGUUUAUCCAUCGUACACUAAUAUGUAAUGCAUUAAAAAUAUAUACAUACAAAUAUUCAUGCCUUGUUGCCAUCAAUUGACUAUAAUUAACUACCAUAAAUAUUUUUAGAUUUUGAAUUUAAAGAACUGCUAACACACACGUACUCUAAAAGCGCGAAUAUUACGCGACCAUAUACACAUACAAGUAUAUAUACAUACAUAUAUGUAUUUAACCAAUUUCCAUGUAUUAAUGUGGAUAAAUUCGAUGAUUAAAGAUCAACAUUUUCACUAUUUAAACCAAGCAACAGAAAAAA